UACCUUGUUCAACUGCUUAUCAAACAUUUAACUAUUUCCAUGAGUUCUACUUCUAAUCUAAAUGUUUUAGAGCAAAGCUUCUCAUCAGCUGUAGAAAAAGAGAAAACAUCCUACGGGGACGAAAGACCGAAAAGUGUAAUUGGUUUUUAUCCAACAAAAUCUAAAUAUACAAAUAAAUCCUCCUUCCCCUCCUCUUCCUACUCCUCCUCCUCGUCCUCCUCCUCCUCCUCUUCCUCCUCGUCCUCCUCUACUGAAGAUGAGGCUCUGAGUAAGAUUCCAGUAGAACCUUCCAGUAGGUUUUAUUCUUCUAUAAGUAGAGAAGCUUCAGAAGACUACUCAGAGAAGUACAGAUAUGGAGGAACAUAUGAAACCUCUUUCACGUACAAGUCCGCUGACCUCCAGAAUUCAGGAUUCAGCUCCAGUACGUUGAUAUCUCCCUCUGUACUGAAUGUAGAGGGUGGAGAAGGAUUGUAUUCAAGAACCAGCUCCAGAACGUUGAUAUCUCCCUCUGUACUGAAUGUAGAGGGUGGAGAAGGAUUGUAUUCAAGAACCAGCUCCAGAACGUUGAUAUCUCCAUCUGUACUGAAUGUAGAGGGUGGAGAAGGACUGUAUUCAAGAACCAGCUCCAGUACAUUGAUAUCUCCUGCUGUACUGAAUGUAGAGGGUGGAGAAGGAUUGUAUUCAAGAACCAGCUCCAGAACGUUGAUAUCUCCAUCUGUACUGAAUGUAGAGGGUGGAGAAGGACUGUAUUCAAGAACCAGCUCCAGUACAUUGAUAUCUCCUGCUGUACUUAAUGUAGAGGGUGGAGAAGGACUGUAUUACCUAGACACCACAGAGAACCCGGCAGGGAUAUGGAAGAGAAGAAAGUCUAGUAAAGUCUGAACUUUGAAAGAAAAUAAUAUAAAAUAAUAAAUAUGAAAAAAAAAGCUC